CUCUUGGCUGUCAGCCAGCUCUACAAACAUUUCCUUUGGCUGGGUUAGUGUGGUGUGAAGUUAGCAGUUUCUGUUCUGCAGUUCUGAAGUUCACUGCUGUCCACAAGUUACCUUCUAAGUGAUUUAGCAGCUUUUCAUCAGGAAGAUAUACACAAUACUGAUGGCUGAUAAAGUGCUUGAGGAGGUCCGAGUCCAGAUAGUAGACGAUUUGGAGGGGCCUGUGAUCAAACAACUCCUGGAUGACCUGAGAGAGAAAAAGGUAUUAAACAAAGGAGAAGUUGAAUCCAUCUUAGAGGAGAAUCCCUCCCGGGGUGAUAAAGCUCGCAAACUGGUCGACAGUGUUAAGAACAAAGGGUCUGAUGCUAGUAAAAUCUUUAUAGCACAACUGAAAAUCCGUGAUGAACAUUUUUACAAUAAGCUGAAACUGGGGGACCUCCUGCAGUCAGCUGGUGUAAACUUUACACCCGGAGCUCCUACACCUGGAGCUUCUGCACUUGGAGCUUCUGACAAGCAAUUAAUAGAGCCAGACGAUGGCAGUAGGAAGGAAUACACAAUGAACAGUGUUCCUCGUGGUCUCUGUGUGAUCAUUAACAAUGUCAAAUUUAAAAAUCCCGAAAAGAACCGAGAAGGGUCUAAAAUUGAUGCUGCUGGUCUGAAGAAAGUCUUCACAUACUUGGGUUUUACAGUGCGAACUCAUGAAGACCAGACAGCUAAGCAGAUGCGUGAGCUCAUGCUAAGCUACAGCAAGACCGAAAAGCAUGGAGAUUGCUUUGUCUGUUGCAUACUCAGUCAUGGAAAACAAGAAGGUGUGAUUGGAACUGAUAUGAGAACAUGUUCCACGAAGGAUAUCCUGUCACCGUUCGACGGCAUAAACUGUCCCCCUCUGGCCGGAAAGCCAAAGGUGUUUUUCAUCCAGGCUUGCCGAGGGAAAAACAGACAGACGAAGGUGCAUGUCACCGCAGAUGAUGAUGCUACAGAGGGGGAUGAUGACACUGUGACUUCUGAUGACCCUGGAGAGGCUUAUACCCUCCCCAAACACUCUGAUUACCUGGUCUCCACGUCCACUGUAGAGGAUUAUGUCUCAUAUAAAAAUAAGUACGGUUCAUGGUUCAUUGGGUCCCUCUGCUCACAGUUGGAAACAGGAAGUCAAAGGGGUGACGACAUCAGUGCAAUCCUAACUGAAGUCAAUGAUGAAGUCAGCAGGAGAGAGGGAAUUGAGCUGGUAAAUGAAGUGAAAUAUGAUGCUAAGAUGACCUCGGAACAUCGUUCUACCCUGAGAAAGAAGCUAAUUUUCAGAAUUCCAUAGAUGUUCCAGACACAAUGCUCCAUGGUGAAUAAAACAAAUUAAGGGAUUCUCACAGCAGCUUUUUAGAUAUAUACAUUCUAUAGUUUUAUGUUAUUUUUGUUUAUUUCUUUGUCCAUUCAUUUUUAUGUUUUGUUCUAGUUUUGUAUAAUUUUCUUGACCUUGAUCUGGAAUUCUGUUUAUGAAAGUGCUUUUUGUUGCCAUUUACAGGCAAUAAUUUUGUUUGCAUUGAAUAUGUGGUGCAUUCUAACAAUAAACAGUUUGUUAAGCUUCA